AUUGAGACGAACAAAUCAUCAGUUGCAUUCGAGUCUGUAUCAGCAACCCAUUGAAUCAAGCAGAAAGCAAGAUGCGUCUAACACUUCUGGCCCUCAUCGGUGUCCUGUGCCUGGCCUAUGCCUACGCCUUGGAUGAUUCCGAAAACAACGAUCAGGUGGUCGGACUCCUGGACGUCGCCGAUCAUGGAGCGAACCAUGCCAACGAUGGAGCCCGAGAGGCCCGCCAGUACGGAGGAUGGGGUCACCGCGGUGGAUGGGGUGGCCAUGGUGGAUGGGGCGGCCGUGGCGGAUGGGGUGGCGGUGGAGGAUGGGGCGGUCGAGGAGGAUGGGGCGGUCGAGGAGGUUGGGGAGGUCGAGGAGGUUGGGGCGGUCGCGGAGGUGGUUGGUAUGGCCGAUAGGACGACUGACGUCGCUGACCACGCCUCCGGCCAAUCCCACCACUUGCCAAGUCAAAAGGAUACCCUGUCACUGAUGUCCUGGCGUGAAUAAAGAACUUUGGAGCAUUUAAA